AUGGACGAUUUGUUCGACGUCUUCGAUGGCGGCGCUGCCAAAGACACUGCGCCCAAGAAGAGUAAGAAGCGCCAGGCAAAUGGCGCCGUCAAGUCGCCUGUUUCUGCGCCCGCAGAGGACACGCAAAUGGGGGAUGCGCCCGAAGAAGAGCCCGCAGCACCCCCAGCCGAGACCUCAGAGCAAACGCUCAAGCGACAAAAGCGCGAUGCUGAGCCCGAGCCAAUUGUGACCGACGACUUCGAGACGGAACAGUCGCGUGAGAUUGCUGCGGCCGCUGGACUGCAGGCGCAACAAGAUGGGCAGGCGGUGGUGUUGUCACAUCAGGUCCGCCAUCAGGUCUCGCUGCCACCGGAUUACGACUAUGUACCCAUUUCUGAGCACAAAGCCCCCGCCGAACCCGCACGCGUAUGGCCUUUCACGCUCGAUCCUUUCCAGCAAGUUUCCAUCGCCUCGAUCCAGCGGAACGAGAGCGUUCUCGUAUCGGCGCAUACAUCUGCCGGAAAGACGGUUGUUGCCGAGUACGCCAUUGCGCAAUGCCUGAAGAACAACCAGCGAGUCAUCUACACCAGUCCCAUCAAGGCGCUCAGUAACCAAAAGUACCGAGAGUUCAUGGCAGAGUUUGGUGACGUCGGUCUCAUGACGGGCGAUGUCACCAUCAACCCCACUGCGACCUGUCUGGUUAUGACCACGGAGAUUCUGCGUUCCAUGCUCUACCGAGGCUCCGAGAUUAUGCGCGAGGUAGCUUGGGUCGUAUUUGACGAGGUACAUUAUCUGCGCGACAAGUCAAGAGGUGUCGUUUGGGAAGAGACGAUUAUUCUGCUACCAGACAAAGUCCGCUACGUAUUCCUUUCCGCCACCAUUCCCAACGCCAUGCAAUUCGCCGAAUGGAUCACCAAAACCCACAGUCAGCCGUGUCACGUCGUAUACACCGAUUUCCGACCGACCCCACUGCAACACUACUUCUUCCCGGCAGGCGCGGAUGGUAUACAUUUGGUUGUCGACGAGAAGGGCGUUUUUAGAGAAGAAAACUUUCAAAAGGCCAUGUCGUCCAUCGCAGAUAAGGCCGGCACUGAGGCGUCGGAUUACCUGGCGAAGCGUAAAGGUAAAGGCAAGGACAAGAAGACAAACAAGGGGGGUAACAAGGAUCAGACGGACAUCUAUAAGAUUGUCAAGAUGAUCAUGAUGAAGAGCUACAAUCCGGUCAUUGUGUUCAGUUUCAGCAAGAGGGACUGCGAGAACUAUGCGCUUUCUAUGAGCCAGCUCGCGUUCAACGACGAAUCUGAAAAGGCCAUGGUGUCAAAGGUCUUUAGCAGCGCCAUCGAAAUGCUGUCCGAGGAGGAUCGCCAACUACCACAAAUCCAGCACAUCCUCCCGCUUCUCCGGAGAGGCAUCGGUGUUCAUCACUCUGGACUGUUACCCAUUCUGAAAGAGACCAUCGAGAUAUUGUUUCAGGAAGGUCUGAUCAAAGUCCUCUUUGCGACCGAGACUUUCUCCAUUGGACUCAACAUGCCGGCAAAGACAGUUGUCUUUACUAGCGUUCGCAAGUUCGACGGAGUGUCGCAACGAUGGGUUACACCUUCCGAGUUCAUCCAAAUGUCUGGUCGUGCCGGUCGUCGUGGUCUCGAUGACCGCGGUAUUGUCAUCAUGAUGAUCAAUGAGCAGAUGGAACCCGCCAUAGCAAAAGAAAUUGUGCGCGGACAACAAGACAACCUUAACUCAGCUUUCCAUCUCGGCUACAACAUGAUUCUCAAUUUGAUGCGUGUUGAAGGCAUCUCACCUGAAUUCAUGCUUGAGAGGUGUUUCUUCCAGUUCCAGAAUACUGCUGGUGUAUCGAACCUCGAGAAGGAAUUGCAAGAGCUUGAAGCUGAAAAGGCGAACAUCAUUAUUACAGACGAGGCCACGGUCAAGGAUUACUACAACCUGCGACAGCAACUAGACACACAUACGCAAGACAUGCGCGACGUGAUUAUGCAUCCGACACACUGCUUACACUUUCUACAAGCGGGUCGAUUGGUGAAGGUCAAGUUCAAGGACCAUGACUUUGGUUGGGGCGCUGUCGUAGCGUACACACCGCGAAAAGCGAACAAAGGAGAGGUUCUCCCGCCUCAGCAAUCAUACGUGGUAGAUGUUCUCUUAGCAGUUGCGAGUGACACUACCUUCAUGCCUCAGGCUGGGGACGGUCUCCCACCGGGUGUACGACCACCAGCUCCUGGAGACAAGGGUAAGAUGGAGGUUGUGCCCAUCCUACUGAGCUGCAUCGAAUCGAUUGGCCACCUGCGCGUGUUCCUACCGAACGAACUCAAGUCGACCGAACAGAAGAACAACGUGCGCAAAGCACUGGGCGAAGUGAAGAAGCGCUUUCCCGACGGCAUUGCGAUCUUGGAUCCCAUUGAAAACAUGCAGAUUAAGGACGAUAGUUUUAAGCGACUGCUCAGGAAAAUCGAAGUGCUCGAGUCGCGCCUCCUGUCAAACCCUCUUCACAACUCGCCUAGAUUGCCCGAUCUGUACAGCCAGUAUGCGCAUAAGAUUGCCAUUGGCGAGAAGAUUAAGAAGAUCAAGAAGGAUAUCGCAAACGCUUUGUCGGUAAUCCAGUUGGACGAGUUGAAGAGCAGAAAGCGAGUGCUGCGUCGCAUCGGUUUUAUUGAUGAUGCAGAUGUCGUUCAACUGAAGGCCCGUGUGGCUUGCGAAAUCAGCACCGGCGACGAACUCGUACUCAGUGAAUUGCUCUUCAACCGCUUCUUCAACGAGUUGACGCCCGAGCAGUGCGCUGCCUGCCUGAGUUGUUUCAUCUUUGAAGAGAAAACUACUGAUACGCCUGCACUGAAGGAGGAGCUGGCUAAGCCUUACCGGGAAAUACAACAGCAAGCGCGGGUGAUUGCAAAGAUUUCGCAAGAGAGUAAACUUCAGAUUGACGAAGAAGCGUACCUGAAGACUUUCAAGUACGAGCUCAUGGAGGUUGUGUACGCCUGGUCCAAGGGGGCGUCGUUUGCAGAAAUCUGCAAAAUGACGGACGUGUACGAGGGCAGUCUGAUUCGUCUGUUCAGGCGAUUGGAAGAACUGCUCCGACAAAUUGCACAAGCGUCCAAAGUCAUGGGCAGCGAGGAGCUCGAGCAAAAGUUCACUGCAGCGCUAGACCUUGUCAGACGGGACUUGGUAGCAGCGCAGUCCCUGUAUCUCUGA